AUGACCGUGUUACAGUAUGAGGAGCGUUUCAUUGCUUUGUCUCGGUUUGCCCCUGAGUUGGUGGCCAUAGAAAAGUUGAAGGUUGAUCAGUUUAUCAAUGGUCUCCUACCUGUAUAUAGAGAUUGGUUGGCGCCUCACGAUUAUCCGACUUUUAAGUUAGCAGUGGAGGCUGCUAUGAGGUGUGAGGCUAGAUAUCUGGACGGUUCCCGACCUUUGGAGAUUGGCGGUCCCAGUCAGGGGCCAUCUAAGAGAAUUGCCUCCAGUUCGGGUUCUGCAUGUCAUCAAGCAGUAGACCGAGCAGUUCAGAUUCUAGCUCUCGUCAGCGCUUCAGGGGACUCUUCAGGAGGCCUGGGCAGACAGGUAGGAGACAGUUCAGGGGUGGCACUGCUAGUUGCAGUGGAGGCUUUGGUAGACAGGCGAUUCCGAGAGACUAUCCCCAGUGUGCUACUUGUGGUAGACACCAUGCGGGCCCGUGUCAGGCAGGUGUGGGGACUUAUUACCAGUGUGGCCAGUGGGGUCACUACAGGAGAGAAUGCCCUCAAAGGAGUUUGCUUAGAGGCGGACUUGAUUCCAUUUGAGUUAGUGGAGUUUGAUGUAAUCCUAGGGAUGGAUUUCCUUCGGAUGCAUCAUGCCUUAGUGGAUUGCUUUUGUAGUACUAUAUUAUUUCGGAGUCCGGGUAAGCCAGUUGUCACCUUUUAUGGUGAACGGGAGGUUCUCCCAUCUUGCAUAAUCUCAGCUUUAACUGCUAAGAAGAUGUUGAGUAAGGGUUGCCAAGCUUAUUUGGCACAUGUGGUGAAUUCAAAUGCCGAAGUUAUGGAUCUCAGCCAAAUUCCUAUUGCUGGUGACUAUCCAGAUGUAUUUCCAGAAGAAUUGCCUGGAUUGCCCCCGGUGCGAGAGAUAGACUUUACCAUUGAUUUACUUCCAGGUACGACACCCAUCUCUCAAGCACCUUAUAGAAUGGCACCGGCAGAAGUGAAGGAGUUGUAUAUACAGUUGCAGGAGUUAACGGAUAAAGGGUUUAUACAACCUAGUGUAUCUCCCUGGGGUGCACCUGUGUUGUUUGUGAAGAAGAAAGACGGUACUUUGAGGCUUUGUAUUGAUUACCGGAAACUAAACAGGGUGACUAUAAGGAAUAAAUAUCCCUUGCCCCGCAUUGAUGAUUUGUUUGACCAGUUGAGGGGUGCUAAAGUUUUCUCAAAGAUUGAUUUGAGGUCUGGUUAUCAUCAGUUACGGAUUAAAGAGGAGGAUGUAGCCAAAACUGCUUUUCGAUCACGUUAUGGUCAUUAUGAGUUUCUUGUUAUGCCUUUUGGGUUGACUAAUGCACCCGCUGCUUUUAUGGAUCUCAUGAACAGGGUGUUUCGCCCGUGUCUUGACCGCUUUGUGAUUGUGUUCAUUGAUGACAUACUGGUUUAUUCUAAAAGUGAGGAGUUACAUGCUGAGCACUUGAAUAUUGUGUUGGAGACUCUACGGCUACUCCAAUUGUAUGCUAAAUUCAGUAAGUGUGAGUUUUGGCUUGACCAAGUGACAUUCUUGGGUCACGUCAUUACAGCUGCUGGUGUUAGUGUUGAUCCCCAAAAAGUAGAAGCAGUGUUGAAUUGGGAAAGACCUACCAAUGUAACGGAAAUUCGUAGUUUCUUGGGUCUUGCUGGUUACUAUCGACGUUUUGUGCAAAACUUUUCUAGAAUUGCCGCUCCUCUUACUAAGUUAACGAGAAAGGGUGUCAGAUUUGUUUGGUCUAAAAAUUGUGAGCGGAGCUUCCAAGAACUUAAGAGUCGGCUGACUAGUGCUCCAAUUCUAUCCUUACCUGAUGAUAGUGGGGAGUAUGUAAUUUACAGCGAUGCCUCUAGACAAGGCUUAGGCUGUGUUCUAAUGCAGCAUGGUAAUGUGAUUGCUUAUGCUUCUAGACAGUUGAAGCCACAUGAGUUGAAUUAUCCCACACAUGAUUUAGAGUUGGCAGCUAUUGUACUUGCUCUUAAGCUAUGGAGGCAUUAUCUGUAUGGAGCCAGAUGUCAGAUUUUCACUGACCAUAAGAGCCACAAGUAUGUGUUUACACAACCGAAUUUAAAUUUAAGACAACGAAGAUGGAUGGAAUUGAUUGAAGAUUAUGAUUGUACCAUUGAGUAUCACCCCGGUAAAGCGAAUGUGGUGGCGGAUGCACUUAGUAGGAAUCCAUCCGUGACCUUGUCAUAUUUAAGGGCCACUCGAGUGUCAGAGUUGAGGUCUACAGGGGUUGAGUUAUCGGUUGAUGAGGUUGGUACUCUGAGACUUUGUGUUCCUAACGUUGAAGCACUUAAACGAGAAAUACUUGAUGAAGCUCAUAACUCCGCGUAUGCCCUGCAUCCUGGUGGUACAAAAAUGUAUCGGACUCUCAAAGAGUACUAUUGGUGGCCAAACAUGAAAAGAGAAAUUGCAGCUUUUGUGAGUAAAUGCCUUGUGUGCCAGCAAGUGAAAGCGGAAAGGCAAAAACCGUCGGGAUUGUUGCAACCUUUGCCCAUCCCGAAAUGGAAAUGGGAACAUCUCACCAUGGAUUUUAUUUACAAGUUACCUCGUACGCAGGAUGGUAAGGAUGGUAUUUGGGUGAUUGUGGAUCGACUCACCAAAUCAGCUCAUUUUUUGGCAGUAAAGGAAACCUUUAGUUUGGACAAAUUGGCAAAGUUGUAUGUGGACGAAAUUGUAAAGCUUCAUGGUGUUCCCGAGUCCAUUAGACUCAAGACGGCUCAAAGCAGACAGAAAAGCUACGCAGAUAAACACAGGAAGCAUCUUGAAUUUCAAGUUGGUGAUUGGGUAUUUUUGAAGUUAUCUCCUUGGAAGGGUGUGGUAAGGUUUGGUAAACGAGGGAAACUAAGCCCAAGGUAUAUGGGUCCCUAUGAGAUUGUGGAACGAAUUGGUCUUGUCGCUUAUCGCUCGGCUUUACCUCCACAACUAUCUCGAGUACAUGAUGUCUUCCAUGUCUCCAUGCUUCGCAAGUACAUCACUGAUCCUUCACAUGUGUUACCAGCUCAACCCAUUACACUUACAGAAGAUCUAACAUAUGAAGAAGAACCAGUACAGAUCCUUGAUCGUCGUGAGCAAGUACUCCGAAGUAAGGUUAUACCUUUGGUUAAAGUAUUGUGGAGGAAUCACCUAAUUGAAGAAGAUACUUGGGAACCAGAGGAUCAAAUCUUGUGUUGGCCGGUGGAGGAAGAUUUGAAGGUGUUUGGGGACGUGAACAGUAGUGUGAACAGUUCCAUCCGAGUUCUUGAGUUUGGGUUUGGAAUUCCGGCUUUUUCUGCUUGUGAUUGUAGGGAAAAUCAAAUGGCUAAAGGAUUAACCCAGUCUAUUAAGGACCUUGCGUCCUCAUUGUGCCUGAGACUUCCCAUUUUCCAUGGCUUUAAUGUUGAAGACCCUAAUAAGCACUUGAAGGAGUUUCUAUUUGUUUGCUCAUGUAUGACGCCUCAAGAGGUUGAUGAAGACAUCUUCAAGUUAAAGGCAUUCCCAUUUUCUCUGGAGGAUCGUGCAAAGGAUUGGUUGUAUGAGCUGCCUAAAGGACAUAUUACAUCUUGGAAUGGAUUAAUGGAAGCAUUUUUGGAAACGUAUUUUCCCACUUCACGUGUGAUCAUGCUUAGGAAGAAAAUCACAGGAAUUGCUCAAGAUGUGCAUGAGACUUAUCCAGCUUAUUAUGAGAGGUUCAAGGCCUUGUUAUCACAAUGUCCACAACAUAACUUCAAGGACGAGAAUCUCCUCCAAUUCUUCUAUGAAGGACUCACCCAUUUGGAUAGACAAAUGUUAGAUGCUGCAAGUGGUGGGGCCUUUGUAGACAAAAUGCCAUCAGAGGGAAUGAAAUUGAUUGCCAAUCGUGCUUUAAAUGCUCAACAAUAUGAAGGCCUUGGUAAUUCAACGCAGAGGGUAAGUGAGGUACUUAGCAUUCAUGGACAACCAAUCUCCCGAACUUGGGAAGAUUGCAACGUUAUUGGUGACUAUGUUCAACAAGGCUUUUAUAAGCCUCAGGUUUUUCAGAACUUUGUUUCUUCCAAUUUUGACUCGAUUUCUAACCCUAGCUAUGAUAAGAUGUUUGAAGCUUUAGCAAGUUCUACUCAAGCACUUGUGGACAGUCGUAAGGACAUCUUGGAAUUGAAGGAACAAAUAGGUUAA